AUGCCUUCUGAAAAUAUAAAACCUAUUUCUCAAUAUAUUCUUGAUGCUAAUUCUAUUCCUAAAAAUAAAACACUAUCACAUAUUCGAUAUGCUACUAAUAAAUAUUAUGAAUUAAAUCCAAAUUUAAUUCAAAAAGAAUCUCAAGCAAGUUCUUCUAUUCAAUUAGAUAAUGAACUAUCUGAUGAUGAAUUUGAAGAAUUUGAUAAUGAAGAAUUUGAUUCUGAUCAAAUUUCAAUUUAUCGAACAACAAAUAUUGCUGAAAGUACUGAUGCAACAGAAGCAUUUGAAAAUUUAUUAGUUAGAUCUGCCUCAAAUAUUGAAAAAUAUCUAUCAUAUUAUGAAAAACAUUUAACUGAUUACUCAUUUCCUGCACCUGAUUAUAGUUUGGGUGAAGAUGCUAAAGAAUAUA